GAAGAGCAACGCCUUCACCUGAAUGAGCCUCUCUCACAGAUGCCCUAACUACGUCGACCGGCCAUGGUUGUAAUAUUUACUAUUGAUUGGCACACUAUGAGGUGUUCAAUCUGAAAAUCAACUCUUCGGCAUAUACACGUAGUUCUAACCUGACCAUCCGUAUGCGAAUGGGAUUCGGUAUGAAAAUGCGUGUUGGAGAUGUAGGCUAAUUCUAAAGGAACCUUCAACUAUUCUGAACAUCAGCACAGAAGGAGCUUUUACACUGUGAACAAUCAACCAGCACAGCCAUGGCCUCCCUCGGUGGUCUGUUGCCAAGGGGAACAGUCCUUGCUGAACGAUAGAAAUAUAGAGUUAAGGAGAGACAGAGCAGCCUUGAGGUACAGAAGAAGAGAUGGUCGUCACUGACAGGAGUUCCAGCACUCCUGUGCCCAAGAAGCAGGAUCCAAAGAAGAAGAAGAGGAAGUCCCGCCCCCAUGGCCUGCCCUCCCCAGCGUUGUGCUGCGCAUGCGGCCUGUGCAUCAUGCUGGCAGGCAUCAACAUCACCCUGGUGGGGGCAUUCGCCUUCAGCACCUUGGUGCCCUCUGCCAACCCUCCCAUCAUCAUAGGGCCCAUCCUGCUCCUGGUGGCCUUCUCUUUCUUCGGAGCGUGCUGUGUCUGCAGCCGCUUGCCCCCCGCCCAGGGCUCCCGGAGAUCGAAGGUGGGCGGGAGGAGCAUGGGGAUGAUGGGGCGGGGAGGUUUAGCUGGGGGAGCGACGUUUGAGAUCGAGACAAGUGAGCACACUUUGCAGGACACCACGGCAGUACAGCUUAGCCCCUCGGCCUCGCCGGGGUCAUCACGGGCGUCCAGCCCCGAACGGGAUGCUCCUGACCCCGCCCCCCCAGGGACCUGCAAGCUCUUCACCAUGGAGACCAAUGGCCCCACCUCUGCCACGGCCUACUACUCUGCCUCCUCAGCCGGGGGAGGGGCUGUGAGGCUCAACCUGCCACGUGAUGAUAUGGCCACCUAGCACAGCCCUGACUUACGCACUGAAGCAAGAGCCUCAUGCCCCAGGGGACUGAUGCAAAACUAUGUAAAUAUGAACUAGGAUUGAUGAUAUACAGACAGUAUUUCAGUGUGUCUAGCCAUUUUGUGUAGUGCCAUUUUUCAUGUUUAUGACAAGCUAUCAGAGUUUUAUUGCAUUUGUUUUUGUUUUUUCCAAAAGCCAAACAGUAAUUAGCAUGCAAUUCAACGUUGAAGGAACGUGGGUGACGAUUUCGUUGGAAUUGAUGUUCCUACCUCCUCAGAACUGUUCUCUUUAGAAUCCUCUCUUAACAUGCAUGGGGCAUUAUUAUAAGCAUUUUCUAACCGGAAAGCAAAAUGAGGGAAUUGAAGCGUUUUCUCUGUGGCAUUUCUGAGGGGUAAAACAAAGUGAUGUGUCCCAUUUCUUUGACCGUCUGAACCUCAGUGAUGGACAUUUCAGCUGAUUACUCUGACGCAACUUUGUUGUUGUUGCCAGAACUGAAAGGUUUGACACGAAAUGGCAAUGAGUUUAAUGCUAUCAUUUAAAUACUUAGUGAUGUUUGACAUUACAGUAUGUGCUGCUUUGGUCUUAAAUUAGAUUCAAAGAUGGGGUCGCAAGAUUCCUUUGCAAUAUAAUCUCAACUGAAAGGAUCAGCAACAGAGGACUAAUAAUAUUAAUUUUUCCUCAAUUGUUUCUACAGACAAAACAUUAUGGAUGAUAUGCAGUGUACAUCAGUGGUUGGCAACAAGUGGCCUGCGGGCCAAAACUGGGUCGCAAGUGAUUCGUUUUUUGGAAUCAGAAUUUUUACUACAAACAUAGAAAUGCGCCAUUUUCACAUACAGUGGCAAGAAAAUCCUUUGGAAUUACCUGGAUUCCUGCAUAAAUUGGUCAUAAAAGCCACAACAAUAAACAAACUGCUUAAACUCAAACAAUUAUACGUCUUUAUUGAAUACACCAUGUAAUUUUUUUUUUAUACCUUUUUAUUUAACUAGGCAGGUCAGUUAAGAACAAAUUAUUAUGUUCAAUGAUGGCCUAGGAACAGUGGGUUAAUUGCCUGUUCAGGGGCAGAACGACAGAUUGUCAGCUCGGGGGGGUUGAACUUGCAACCUUCCGGUUUCUAGUCCAACUCUCUAACCACUAGGCUACCCUGCCGCCCCAUGUAAAAAUUCAGUGUAGGGUGUAAAAAGUAUGUGAACUCUUGGAUUUAAUAACUGGUUGACCCUCCUUUGGCAGCAAUAAACUCAACCAACCUUUUCUGUAAUAGGGAUCAGACCUGCACAAUGGUCAGGAGGAAUUUUGAACCACUUUACAAAACUGUUUCAGUUCAGCAAUAUUCUUGGGAUGUCUGGUGUGAACUGCUCGAGGUCAUGCCACGCCAUUUUAAAUCAGCUUGAGGUCAGGACUCUGACUGGGCCACUUAAGGUAUAUUUUCUUCUGUUGAAGCCAUUCUGUUGAUGAUUUACUUCUGUCUUUUGGGUUGUUGUCCUGUUGCAUCACCCAACUUCGGUUGAGCUUCAAUUGGGGGACACAGCCUUACAUUCUCCUACAAAAUGUAUUGAUAAACUUGGGAGUUCAUUUUUCCGUCGACGAUAGCAAGCUGUCCAGGCCCUGAGGCAGCAAAGCAUCCCCAAACCAUGAUGCUCCCUCCACCAUACUUUACAGUUGGGAUGAGGUUUUGAUGUUGGUGUGCUGUGCCUUUUUUUUUCUCCACAGUUGCGUGUUCCUUCUAAACAACUCAACUGUUUCAUCUGUCCACAGAACAUUUUGCCAGAAGUGCUGUGGAACAUCCAGGUGUUCUUUUGCAAACUUCAGACAUGCAGCAAUUAUUUUUUUGGACAGCAGUGGCUUCUUCCGUGGUAUCCUCCCAUGAUCAAAGUUCUUGUUUUAUGUUUCAUAGACUCAUCAACAGAGAUGGCAUUCCAGAGAAUUCUGUAAGUCUUUAGCUGACACUAGGAUUCUUCUUAACCUCAUUGAGCAUUCUGCACUGUGCUUUUGCAGUCAUCUUUGCAGGGAAGCCACUCCUAGGGAGAGUAGCAACAGUGCAGAAAUUUGUCUUACCGUGGACUGAUUUUAGAGAAUUUUGUAAUCCUUUCCAGCUUUUUGCAAGUCAACAAAUCUUAGGUCUUCUGAGAUCUCUUUUGUUUGAGGCAUGAUUCACGUCAGGCAAUGCUUCUUGUGAAUAGAAAACCUCCAAUUUUGUGAUAAAAAAAAAAAAAAAUGAUAGGGCAGCUCUCUCUCCAAUCUUGUCUCAUAGGUUAGCUGACUCCUGACUCCAAUUAGCUUUUGGAAAUGUCAUUUGCCGAGGGGUUCACAUACUGUUCCCAACCUACACUGUGAAUGUUUGAAUUAUGUAUUCAAUAUAUUUUGUGUGUUUAUUAGUUUAAGCACUCUGUGUUUGUCCAUUGUCUAUGAAGAUCAGAUCAAAUUUUAUGACUAAUUUAUGCUGAAAUUCAGGUAUUUCCUAAAGGUUCACUUACUUUUUCUUGCCACUAUGGUGAUGUUGGGGUAGUGCUGGACAUGAUUUAAUAUGAAGUCGAAAAUGUUUGACAUGUUCCGUUAGGUAUAGCCCUAUGUCUAACAUGGACAUCACACCAAGAUCCAAACUGCUUCAAUAUUGAUUCAGAAGAUUGAACAUGCUUUGAUUUUCUAUACAGAAUAAACAACUUCUUUCUUGAACUGCAUUGUUGGUUAAGGGCUUGUAAGUAGCAUUUCACGGUAAGGUUGUAUUUGGCGCAUGUGACAAAGUUUGAUUUGAACUAGUUUACCAUGUCCCAGCCAAGUGUUUUGACACAGCCUAAUAUUUGUAUUUCAUGUGAGGAAAGUCAACUCCCCCUACAGGGAGUGGGCUUGUUGUAAAUGUGUGUAGUGUCAAGAUGUAUGUAAACUAUCAAUGUUGGCCAUUGUAUUUCAAAAUGUAUUCUGGUUUGAUAACAUCUUUAACAAUGUAUUUUUUUGAAAAUUAAAUUGACUUAAUUUGAUAACAAUACAUGUGAUACUACUAAAAUAUCAAUAAAAUACAUGCUCUU